CGGAACUAAUUGGUGCGAACCGAAUCGAUUGCAGCUAUAAGGUUUUAAUGGCACCGAAUUUAGAACCGAACCGAAGGUGGUCUGAUUUGAAAUAUAAAAGUCCACUUGGGUGUGAUCGCGCGACAUAUUAUUUGUGGUGGAUCGCCAAGAUGAGAGUUUCAAGGUUAUCACUAUUGGCUCUGGUGGCAUUUGUUUCCUUUGGAAAUGCUGAGAAACGUAAUUACGAUGAAGUUUGCAUUGGAGCGCCAAAUCUGUCGUACGUAGCUAGCAGAAUUUCUUGUGAAUAUUACUACGCCUGCAUCGAUGGCGUUGCUUACGGCUACCGCUGCGAAGACGGAGAGUGGUUCUCAAUAGAAAGACAACAGUGUGUUCCUCCCAGCGAAUCAGAUUGUGACAUUGAUCAGGCACCAGAAUUGCCAACAGCUCCUCCACCAACUACAUCGCCAAUGUGCGAGGGCGUUGAAAACUAUCGUUACGUGAGGUCUUUCGACAAUUGUCAGUAUUACUAUCAGUGCAUUGAUGAAUUUGCUUAUCAAUUAUCGUGUCCGAAGAGCUUCUGGUUCAAUGAAGAACAACAGCGAUGUGGUAACCGAUACGAGUUUGAUUGUGAUCUAGAAACUACGACGCGUCCACCUCCUCCGCCACCCGGUAAUCGGUGUCUUGGUCAACCCAACUUUGGACUCAUCUAUGAUCCGGAUUAUUGCUACAGAUUUUUCAAAUGUAUGAAUGGACUACCAUUCCCCAUGGUGUGUUGGGAUGGAUUGUGGUUUGAUUAUGCUAGUCAAACAUGUGUGGAACCAUCUGAAACUAACUGUAGUGCUACGACACCUCCCCCAAAUCCUCCGCCUGUUCCGAAUAUCUGCGAUGACGUUGAGGACGGUCACAGUGUUCUUCAUUACAGAUUUUGCAACGCAUACUUCACCUGCGAAAAUCAGGUCGGAACUCCAGGCCAAUGUCGUGAUGGCCUUUGGUUCGACGAGGAUCGACAGGAGUGCGCACAUGCAAUGGACGCCUACUGUCCCCACGGAAUCGUUACCACGCCCAGACCUGAUGUUUGCAGUGGCGUUGAAGAUGGUAGAUUAGUUGCAUCUCCGGACAGUUGUAGUGCUUACUACGUGUGCGCCAACGAAAACGGAUAUCGCGCAUUCUGUCCUCCUGGCCAGUACUUCGACGAGGAAAGGCAAAUGUGUGACGACCAACAGAAUGUGGACUGUCUUAUCUAGGUUAUCAAAUUGUAAAAUGAAGUUCAAUGUGGAUUUGGAGUCUCUUUGAUAUGCCGGUCAAAAUAAACUAAUUGAUGACCACAAUAAACAAA